AUGAAACUAAUCGCCUCUUUGUUCUCCUCCUCCGCCUCGUCGUGCCCGUCGUCUCCGAAGGGGUCCGGCGGGGGGAAGAAGAGCAAGACGAAGAGGGGAUCCAAGGAGCGAUCCGCCUCGCGGAACGACGCCUCGUCGACCGGAUCGAGCCGCUCGUCGGGGGCCAGCGGCAGCGACUCCUUCUCCAAGGCCACCGCGCGCACCCCACGGACAGUCAUCAUCGGCCGCAACGCCUCCUGCCUUGAUGCGGAGUACUGGUCUCCCUCCCCCGCUGACCUCGCCUCCAAGGCGGUCGCCAUACUACCCCCCGCAGCAGGCCCAAAGCCCUCCCCUGCCGUCCCCCCAGCGGUGUCGGAGCUGUUCUGCGUGUUCGACCGCGACGGCGACGGGAAGAUCACCAAGGAGGAGCUGGAGCUGGUCCUGGGCCGGCUGGGAAAGUCGGACCCGCCGACCGAAGAGGAGCUGUCGAUGAUGAUGGCGGAGGUCGACCGCGACGGCGACGGCUGCAUCAGCCUGGAGGAGUUCGGCGUUCUGGCGCCCGUCCUGCCGUCCUCUGGCUGGGGCGCCGCCGCCAGCCUGGGGCACGACGAUCUGAGGGAAGCCUUCGGCAUCUUCGACGCCGACGGAGACGGUAAUAUCUCUGCAGAGGAGCUGCUGGGCGUCUUCCUAACCCUGGGGGACGAUCGCUGCACCCUCGACGACUGCCGCGGCAUGAUCCGCGGCGUCGACUCCCGCGGCGACGGCUACGUCUGCUUCGACGACUUCGUCCGCAUGAUGGGCGGACAAAGAUGA